AUGGGACAGACAGACAUCACCAACAUCUACUCCCGUGGAGAAAACGGCCUUCCCGCUUUCUACGUCGUCGUCCAAUUCAUCCCCCUUCCCGCAGGCCAUGUCUUUGUUGGUGGUGAAGCCAGAGACGAGAAGCCUUUUGUUCGACUGGUUAUCCAGCACAUGGCUGUUCACAGUCAUGAAGGUGUUCAUAUGGAUGAUUUCCCUAAACAGUUCAGCGAUUACAUCAACGCUACGAUCAAGCCAUUCAUCGCUGAUAAAGGCUACGACUGGGAGAUCACGGUCACUGAUACUCAACGCGAGUUCUGGAGGUUCAAUGGAAUUGCGCCGCCUGCUUGGAGGAGUGAAGCUGAGAGGGUUUGGGCUCGAGAUGGUCGCCCUUCGGAAUGGGAGGAGAAAUAA